AUGCCAUCAUCCAACUUCACACCUGCAGAAGUGACCAGAAUGGUAGCUGAAUGUGACCUACCCUACAAAUUGAAUAUGAAUGGUGUCUACUACAACUUGCUCAAUGGAGGUAACACUACAUUGGUUAGCAUAGGGUUGGAUAGUAUUGGAGGAGCUUCACCUAAUACUUCCUGGGUCAUGUAUUCCUGCCAACCUACUUCUGAAGAGGUGUUGAUAACGAAGACCGUAGAGAAAAAUAUUGGUAAGUCUGUUGGCAAAACAAAAACCGGUAAGAAUCAAUCAUCUUUGCAAGAGACAGAAGACCCGUUCAAGGUAGUGGAACAGAAGGAGAAUUGA